GAAUUUCAAGUCACAAAGUACACUUAUUAUUUUCUUUACAUGUCAUUACCAUAUAAUUACCUCAUACAUAAUCUUCCAUUUGCAGUCGGGUAAUAAUAACUUUCAAUGCAAUUACGAAAACUAGAUCGAAAUCCAUUUAGUCGUUUUCGAGGAGCAUACAUGCAUACAAAUAUGUACUAAUACAUAGUAAAUGGUUUAUAAAUGCAUAUCUCUUAGUUUUUCAAACUUUUACAACUUGCAAUCUUUCGACAUUAGGCUGCCUUGGUGACAGUCGGGAAAAGUUAUUUAGACAAUUUUUUAACAUAAUCUUACUAUUAUUUCACCACUUCACACUCAUCACUGGAUGUGAAUUGUGAACUCGUCGUGUUUUCCUGUCAAUAUUGAUAGAUAGUUGGAAAAUUCAUGACAGAUGCCUUUAGGCGACUUGAACAAAAUCUGACACCAGUAUGAAAAUAACAUAGUCCUUAAUAACAAUAUCACCACAGGGGCAGAAUUCAAAAAUUUAAUAAUUUUUGAAAUAAGCAGAACCCACGUCUAUUAUAAUAAGUGUAAUAUAUGUACCUAAUAUCCUAUGAUUAAAACAGGUAUUCGAAUCGAAGUAACGGGGGUGUUGGAUCGAAUAAUAUUCGACUGUUUGCAGAAGUUGCGUCGCGACUUGCGACCCGCCCGGUGACGUGACGUGGCUCUAAUAACGACCUUAUCUAAUGACAACAGUCGGGACCCGGCUGCAAGAGGCUUAACGUGCCACCCGAACCACUGAGAGAAGCUUGUGAUUACUGUACAUAUUUUAAACUCAUCAUACUUAGUAGGCACUUCUAUCAUGAAAUUGAGUAAUUUAAGCGGCAGUUGGUCUGCCUCUUAUAAGUACUCAAUAUCAUGAUUCUUAGGGUAGGCUCCUGAGGUAAAGCUUAUAAUUUACUCAUAACUAUAUACAUACACAGGUACCUAUAGUUACAACAUAGAAAAUCAUAAGUAUUUUGUGCCUGGUUGUACUAUCUAUAGGAAAUACGGUCCCGGUCAACCAUUUCUAAAUAAAACAUUAGGUGACUUGAACCGCGGUUCCAGUAAGCGCUAAAUGGGCUGGAAAUAGUGUUUAGGCGAUUGGAACUGCGGGUCAAGUUUAUUACGGUCCAAGUCGCCAAACAACUAUUUUAUAUUAUGUAGUGAUGAAUUAUGAAUUUAACGCUUAUUUUAACGAAUCCUAGCAAUAAGCUUUGAAGGAAGAGUGUUGAAGCUUUGUCUUGCUAUGCUGUAAUGCAGACGCUCAAGCCAAAGAAUAUGAAAAAAAAAAUCUGACAUUUUACAAUUUGACAUUGACGUUAUAGACAUACCGGCCGGCACUGGCAAUUUUUUUGCUGAUAUCGCGCGAAAAUAAGUUUUAAUUACCUUGCAUUACGAUAAAAUAAGUUUAUUUACUUUCUUUUCGACUUCGUGUUUGUUUUCUGUAUCAAUACUGGAUUAAAAAUGGUUCUGUUGGUUACUAUAACAACGUUUAAUAAUCCUUUUUCUUUUCAUUGUUUGAUGAAUAAUGACGAUAAAAAUUGUUCUCUUGCAAACAACAUGGAAAAUUAUGACAUUUUGGGUUUAAACAAAUUGACACCGGAACUAUCUAAUUUCCAACAUGGACAGUAUUUGUCAGUUAUGUGGCAAAAUAAAUGGGCAAGAGGGAUAGUAUCAAUGGAAUCACAGUUUUUAAUUUGGCUGAUAGAUUUUGGCAUUUUUAUGCGACCAGAUUCUAGGACUGUUUAUGUUGAUCUCCCACUUGAGUAUAAAAAGCUCCCUAGCAAAGUAUUUGAAGCUAGUAUCCAAGGAGUGACGCCAGUGGAUAAGGCAUUGACUGAAACCUGUGAAAUAAAAAAUGUGUGCUCAAGAGACUGGACCAAAGGAGCAAUUGAUAAGGCAAAGGAACUCAUAGCAAGUGCCAAGAGGCUGCACUUUGUGCCUAUUGCCUUGUUGUCAACAGACCACAAUGAUGUUGUUAUUGGGGACCUCUAUCUUCAGAACAAUAAAAAUGAUCUAGUAAACAUAGUAGAUGAAUUAGAACUAUGGCCAGUUUUCUUAGAAAAAAAUGUAGAUAUGUAUAUACAAAAUUUACCAUUUUAUUACACUAGUCGCAGGCGUCAUCGCGCAAGUUUGUUGAAGCCCCAUCUACCCAACAUAGAAUUACCUAAAAUGUGUUUGAACAUCAAAGUACCUGAGUAUAAAGAGAUUUGUGAAAAUUCACACAGGUUACUAGACUCUGCUUCUGCUUCCGACACUUCAGAGUGUAAUUCUCAAUUUGAAGAUGGCAGCACUGUAAUAGGAUAUGGCGGCGAAUUCAAAAUAGAAAAAAAAACAUAUAAACUAACUCCGGAUGAGUUUGAAAAAUACUGUAAUAUGUAUGUGGUGGUGCAUGGCAGGGAAUAUAAUGUUCUGAAUGUUUUGGUGAACAAAACAAGAGAUUUGAACAUAUGUGAGAGGUACAAAGAUCAUGACUUGAAGUCGGUUGGAAGGGGAAUUACUGGCAGGCCUUCAGAUUAAUUUCGAUAUAAAAGUUAUUUUAACUUGUUUUUGUAUAAGUUUCAUAUUAAUAUAUUUGUGCCAUUUUACUGUACAGUACUAUGGCAGCAUUUUUUACUAUAAUGCUAUUUGACUAUGUUAAAACUUUUUGAACUGGCCGCAAAUUCGAAAUAUCGAAAUCGUUUUAAAUUUAUGGAGAGUUUUGUUUGAUAAAAGGAUUUAUUGUAUUUGUUAAAUUUUAUGUUUACAUUGAUGAUUGGAGCUGUAAUCUCGUUAUGUACUUUUAUUAUUAUUAAGGAGAAGAAAGACUUUUCGUUCGUACUGUUUCCAUAUUUUUUGAUAUUGUUAUUAUGUGAAUAAGCUAACAUACUCAAAGAGGAAAAUGUUAUUUUGUUUGUAGUUGUUUUACAAUGAAGAAUUUCUUCUGUGAGAAUGAUGCAUGUUUAAAUUUUGCUGAGAAUUGUUUUUGCAUGUCGAAAAUCAUCAGCGCAUGUAUUUUCAUUUGUGAAUAAGCAUGUCUUCUUUUUAUUUUUGAGAAUAUUUACAUAUGUCGAAAACAUACAUAAUAAGUUGCUAGUGUGAGUGGCGUGAAAUACUUAAUAAUUCUUUUUUUUAUAGUUAUAAUGUAAGCUCAAUUCUUAGAUUAUAUUCUAAAUUAUGUGGCUGAUUUUAGUUUUAGGUAAAAAGUUUGUUAAAGUUCGUCGCUUGAACAGCCAAUGGAGCAGGGCAGGCAGGCAAGUUUAUAUAAAUAAUUAGAAAAGUAUAUGAUUCCAGAAUCAAAAAUUUUGGACACCACUGGAAUGGAGUGGAUGAAUCCAUUCUAGUGGGGAUGAUCAAUCACCACCAGCAUAUGAUGUGAAUGUACUUUGGUUUCUUUAUUUUGGAAAUUUUUAAGAUAAUAUGAUUAGGCAGGAUAAUAUGAUUGGCAGCACAAUAAUCAAUUGUGCUUAUUCAUAAAUAGCACCAUCAUUCUCUAAAAACGAGACAAUUUUUGUGCCAUAUUUGCAUGUAAGUAUUAAGUUCGCAGAUUAUUAUUUUUAUAACAAAUGUAAAUCAUUAUUCUAAAGUGUAGCAUUUGUAAAGUGAGCCAUUGUUAAUACAUUUAUAUUAUUUUCUACAUUCCAAAGGUUAUAUGUGCCUUUACCAUUCAUAUAUUAUUGAAUGCAAGUUAAAUAUUAUUUAGUUUAUAAGGCGUAUUAAAAAUACGUACAAGGAGAUGUACGCCAAUGUACACAGUUAUUUGUUGAAUUGGGUAAAUAAAAAAAUGUCUACUUUUU